AUGUUUUUCUCUGGAAGCCAGACUGGCCAUGCUAGCCGACCUGAAGAACUUUUACUGACUUUCAAGAUAUUCCUUGUCAUUGUUUGUCUUCAUGUCGUUCUGGUUACAUCCCUGAAAGAAAACCCUCAGAAUUCCACUGUGUUAUCAUCAUCUGUUGCUGCUGAAAAUGUCUUAGCUACUUUAAACAAAACAGACAAAACUAAAAUCACUAUAGUAAAAACCUUCAAUUCAUCAGGAGUCAAACCCCAGAGAAAAAUCUGCAAUUUGUCAUCCAUUUGCAAUGACUCAGUGCUUUUUAGAGGCGAGAUCGUAUUUCAGUAUGACGAAGAAAGCAAUGUUACCCAGAAUCAAAAUAUGGCUAAUGACACUUUAACGACUGGAGUCCUGUCUCUAAGACAAUUGACGCGGUCAGAGCUCAACAAAACUCUGCAAACCCUGAGUGAGACUUACUUUAUAAUGUGUGCUACAGCGGAGGCUCAAAGCACAUUAAAUUGUACAUUCACAAUAAAACUGAACAAAACAAUGAACAUAUGUACUGUCGUGGUUGCUCUGAAAGGUGUAAUGAUCCGACCAAUGGACCAGUGCUGCUGUGCAGUCCAGAUAGCCUGUCCUUCCUCUCCAGAAGACUUAGAAAAGCUGCAGUGUGACAUGCAGGAUCCCGUUACCUGUCCUGCUGGGCCUCCACAUGGCUCACCAUAUUCUUCCCGCAAUUCCAGACCAGCUGCGCCUCAGCCGACCAUUCUUUCCCAGAUAGCCAAAGACUUCUCUUCUGUAGAUCUUCCAGAUAUAACCCAGAGCCCUACCUCUCCAGAUGAGGACACUUACCCGCUUUCUCCUCAGUCUUCCACAUCCAUAGCUUUCAACCCUGUCAUUAAGUCGCCCCCCCAAUCUGGAAGUUUCUCUUCUCCUACACCCCUGGUUGCUCUUCUCCAAACCCAACCAUCUGAGAAAUCCUCACUUACUUCUCCCACCGCCUCUGUCCUGGUGAAGGGCAUUGAGACCAGCCAAUCAUCUGAUAAGAAAGACAUUAUUCACGCCAGCACCAUCAAGGUUUGGUGGAACCUUGAGGACCAAGUAUCCAGGAUGGAACAGGCUCUGUCCUUGGGCAGUUUGGAACCUAAUAUUGCAGAAGAUAUGAUAAAUCAAGUCAGCAGACUCCUUCGUUCCCCACCUGCCUUGUUGGCCCCUCUGGCCCAAAGAUUGCUAAAAAUAGUGGAUGGCAUCGGCUUUCAGAUGAAUUUUUCAAACAAGAGCAUAUGUCUAACUUCUUCUUCUUUGGCUGUGGCUGUGAUCAAAGUGAAUGCUAGUAAUUUCUACACAACUACCUUUGCUGCCCAAGAUGCUGACAAUCUUCAGGUAUCUCUGGAAACUGAGGCCCCUGAUAACAGCAUUGGUAGCAUUACUCUUCCUUCUUCAUUGAUGAGUAACUUACCAGUUGAUGAUAUAGAGCUAGCAUCAAGGAUUCAGUUCAACUUUUUUGAAACACCUGCCCUGUUUCAGGAUCCUUCUCUGGAAAACCUCUCUCUCAUCAGCUAUGUCAUCUCAUCAAGUGUUGCAAACCUGACCAUCGACAAUUUGACAAGAAAUGUGACGGUGACUUUAAAGCACCUUAGCCCGAAACAGAAUGACUUGACAGUGAGAUGUGUAUUUUGGAAUUUGAGCAGAAAUGAGGGCAGAGGUGGCUGGUCCCCGGAGGGCUGUUCAGUCAAAGACCAGCAGUUGAAUGAGACCACAUGUACCUGCAAUCACUUGACAAGCUUUGGCAUCCUACUGGAUCUAUCGCGAACCUCCUUACCACCUGCUCAGAUGAUUGCUUUGACCUUUAUCACUUAUAUUGGUUGUGGGUUUUCAUCAAUUUUUCUGUCAGUUACUCUUGUAACCUACAUAGCCUUUGAAAAGAUCCGGCGAGAUUAUCCUUCCAAAAUCCUCAUCCAGCUAUGUGCAGCUCUGCUCCUACUCAACCUGGCCUUUCUACUGGACUCGUGGGUGGCUUUGUAUGACAUGCGAGGCCUCUGCAUCUCUGUUGCUGUACUUGUGCAUUAUUUUCUCUUGGUCUCGUUCACUUGGAUGGGCUUGGAAGCCUUCCAUAUGUACCUGGCUCUUGUCAAAGUGUUUAAUACUUACAUCCGAAAAUACAUCCUUAAGUUCUGCAUUAUCGGUUGGGGAAUACCAGCUGUAGUUGUGAUCAUCAUUCUGGCUAUAUCCCCAGAUAGCUAUGGACUUGGAUCCUAUGGGAAAUUCCCCAAUGACUCAUCUGAUGACUUUUGCUGGAUCAACAGCAAUGCUGUAUUCUAUGUUACCGUGGUGGGAUAUUUCUGUGUGAUCUUUUUGGUGAACGUCAGCAUGUUCAUUGUGGUCCUGGUUCAGCUCUGUCGAAUAAAAAGGAAGAAGCAAUUGGGAGCCCAGCGAAAAACCAGUAUUCAAGAUCUUAGGAGUGUUGCCGGCCUUACAUUUUUACUGGGAAUUACUUGGGGCUUUGCCUUCUUUGCCUGGGGACCAGUUAGCACUACCUUCAUGUACCUCUUUGCCAUCUUUAAUACCUUACAAGGAUUUUUCAUAUUCAUCUUUUACUGUGUAGCAAAAGAGAAUGUCAGAAAACAAUGGAGGCGGUAUCUUUGUUGUGGAAAGUUACGGCUGGCUGAAAAUUCUGACUGGAAUAAAAAUGCUACUAAUGGCUUAAAGAAGCAGGCUGUAAACCAAGGAGUGUCCAGCUCUUCAAAUUCCUUACAGUCAAACAGUAACUCCACCCACUCCACCACGCUUCUAGUGAAUAAUGAUUGCUCAGGACUCACAAGCGGGAAUGGGAAUGCAUCCACGGAGAAGAAUGGCGUUUCUUUCAGUGUUCAGAAUGGAGAUGUAUGCCUGCAUGACUUCACUGGCAAACAGUUCGUGUUCCAUGAGAAAGAAGAAACAUGCAAUGGCAAGAGCCGGAUCGCCCUCAGAAGGACUUCGAAGCGGGGAAGCUUACACAUUAUCGAGCAAAUGUGA